AUGUCCCCCCAUACUAUGCUCAAGAUCGAUGGCCAUGUUUUCAAUGUCCCCACCGACACAGUCAAAAGCAUCUACUUCAUCCGUAAGCAGGCAAUCACCUCGUACCGCGCCGUGGCAGACGGUAAACCAACCCCACGGGACCUAGCAUUUCUCUUCGGUACUGUUACUAUGAGUAGUCGGAAACGCAAGCAUGCUAUCUUUGUGGAAAGUGAGGCGGAGGACGAGGAGGAGGAAGAUGAAGAAGAAGAGUUGGAGGAAGAAGAAGUGUUAGAGGGGGGAGAAAAAGAGUUGGAGGAAGGAGAAGAGUUGGAGGAAGAACAGUUGGAGGAAGAAGAGGUGGUGGAGGGGGGGGGAGGGUUGGAGGAGGAUGUCGUGAUGAAGGAAGAAGAAGAGUCGGAGGAAGAGGAAGAGUUGGAGGAAGAAAGGGUGGUGGAGGAAGAUGAGGAAGAUGAGGAGGUAGACGAGAACGAGGACGAGAACGGCAACGACUGCAAUGACAGCAACGAUGGCAGCUACCGGGAGGGUCCCUCAAGGUCGCUCGAGAUACGGGGGGGACAAACACGAAAUAGGGAGGCUACUGCACUCAGGAAGAAGCUCUUAUCCGGAAGAAAUGAGAAUAUGUUUGUGGGAGAUUUCAAAAAUUUUCACGAUGCCCAAGAAACAACUGGCCUCAGUUAUAAGUGGCUACGAACGAGAUAUAUUGAAGGACUGCUUAAGAUUGAUGGCCGCUUGGCUAAUGUCACGGUGAUGAAUGGGAGGGAGCGCUGCCGCGGCUGUAUCAAUGCCAAGCCUUGGGAUGGGGCGGUUUGUAGGGUCCUUGUGAGGCAUGGUGGUAAUGCUAUUCGUGGCGCCAGGUGUGGAUAUUGUCUGAAGAUUGGGAAAGGUUGUUAUUUCGACAAUUAG